ACAAAACAUUUAUUUUAUUAGCAAAAAGCUUGUGCAUAAGAAAUACUAAUUUUACAAAACAAGGAAUAUUGUUAUCAAAAACUAUUCCAGUGGCCCAUUUCUAUGAUAAACACUGUUAGAGUUUUAUUGCAGGCAAACAAACAAAUUUUUUUGCCGGCAGUAGUGAAAGGUCCUGGUAAUUUACAAAAAUUCUUAGCAAGAAACAUGAGUUCAGCAUCCAGCUUUGUUUUAAGAGAGAUCGAUGGAGAUUUAUUUUCUGCUCCCAAAGAAUAUUCACUUGCACAUUGUGUUGGUGCAGAUAUGGCCAUGGGAGCUGGUAUAGCAGUUAAAUUUCGUCAAAUUUAUCAGCAAGUCGAUGAAUUGUUAGAUCAAAAUGUUUCAACUGGUGGUGCAGCUGUAUUAAAAGAUGAAGAUAGAUUUAUAUAUUAUUUAGUAACUAAACAAUACAGUUACGAAAAACCCACAUAUGAUAGUCUAAGGUCCUCUUUAAUUGAUAUGCGUAAUCAUAUGAUACAAAAUGAUAUUAAAAAGCUUGCUAUACCAAAAAUUGGAUGUGGAAUCGAUGGAUUAGAAUGGGAUAAAGUACAAGCUGAAUUAAAAAAAGUUUUUGAAAAAGAAAAUGUGGAAAUAACAGUUUACAAUUUCGUCCCCAAAUAAUUUUCGCAGUUCAACUAUGGAUCAGAAUUAUUAUUUACGGACUGUUUUUGUUGAGUUCCCAUUUUUCAAAGAGCUUAAGUUCUAUUUACCUAAUAGAAUAUAAAAUUUGAUUUUACAUAGGUAUGUGGUAUACUCAAUACUGGUUUUUUCAAAUCAAUUAUAUAAGUUUUUAGGACAUUUUUGUAAC